AUGAGGCUAGGCUAUCGUGAGCAACAAUUUUAUUUGUGGUAUUUUAUCAUCCACAUCCCCAUUACCGUAUUCAUCGAUUCAUCAGUAGUUAUUCCCGCGAAAUGGCAACUGGGAGUCGCGCAAAAAGUUGUUAGUGACCACAUUGCAAAGCAACACGAUUUCUUGCUAUCAGAGAAGCCAGAAUGGUUGUACUGGUUCGUGGUUCUUGAACUAGUUUUGCAACUUCCACUUUUCGGCUAUUUCGUCAAAAAAUUCUGGAAUCUGAGUGAAUCACAAGUCAAUACAGAUGCUAAGUUGCGAAAGUGGUUACGUAUUUACGGUUGGAACGCCUCCUUAACCACGCUUAUAUGUAUUAUUGUUAUUUUCAAGCGUGGUUACAUCCCUUACGAUGUGCUAAAAACAAGCUUGACCAUGACCCAGAAAUGUCAACUGGCCUCUGUGUACCUACCUACGUUCCUUAUUCCUUUGCGUUUAUGUUUUGCAUAG